CUAUCCUCUAAACACUAUUGAAUAUGGCCAUGUUCUCAUGUUGAAAAUGUAAUUGAUUGGGAUAGAGGCUUUAGAAUUUAUGGUCGGUUUAAUGGUUUAUCAAUAUGCUGCAAUUGUGUAUUUUUAUUUUUGAAUCAAUUGGAGGAUUUGAAUCUAUCAAGCAAGCUUUAUAUGAACUGGUGAUUCUUCCUCUGCGGAAAUCUGAGCUCUUCUCACACGGAAACUUCUUGGUUCACAAAAAGGGGUAUUGUUACAUGGACCUCCAGGCACAGGGAAGACCAUGCUUGCAAAAGCUAUUGUCAGAGACUCUAGAGCUGUUUUUAUAAAUGUGAGGAUCUCUAAUCUGAUGAGCAAGUGGUUUGGCAGUGCACAAAAGCUCGUUGCUGCUGUUUUUAGCCUGGCUUAUAAACUCCAGCCUGCCUUUAUAUUUAUUGACGAGAUUGACAGUUUUCUGGGGCAGCGUCGUACUACGGAUCUUGAGUUCUGCAUUUAUGUGGUCCUCUUAUGCAGCGACUUGCUAGAAUGUGUUUUAUGUAAGAUUUGUGGAAGUGUGAUUUAUUCAUGGGCCUGGCCUGGCCGGACUCAGUGACAAUAUCUUACAAACAAAUAUUUUAAUGUUUUCCCUAUCAAACAAUAUUGUUUGUAGAAACCUAUCUUGCUUUUUUUUUGCUUUAGAUAUAAACAAUGCUUUAGAACAUUGUUUGUACCUGUUGAGAUGGUUUUAUCACACUUUUUAAUAGUCAUUCAUGUCUUACAAUUUACUUGCAAGUAUUGCUGCUGUUGUGAUAACAGAAUCUGUCAGUCAAGUGUUCUUUUAAAUUUACAAGAAUUGCUUCAAUCUGUUCAUAACUCUAUAACUUUCAGAAUACUCCCAAAACAAAGAUUGACACCUAAAAAUAGGACCCAAAACAUAAAUGAUUUUAUAGUUAACACAAACCUGUGUUACAUGCAUGGAUUCUUUUUCAUAGAAGUAAUGUACAUUUAACCUUGAA